AUGUCAGACCGGCGGAGGAGGGCGAUCCGUGUCCAGUCGCCCGAGCGCCGUCCACUCCUGAGCCGUGCUGUCUUCAGCCACCCCAAUGGGGAAGAGCCAUUCUUCAGUUGCGGUCCGAACGCGCAUGCCCACCUGCCAGUCUACACGAAUAUCCAUAGGAUAAGAAGGGACGUCAUCAGCAUAGUCGAAGAUUACCUCACCUUCGAGCAGCUGAGAGACCUGCGCCUGAACAUAUCCGUCGUCCGCCCACUGGUCGACAAGCUUUAUGAGCAAGAUGAUAUCUCCAUAGUCUAUUGUUUGCUCGUAAACCGUUCUCGGUUCUUACACGAGCAGGAGCACAUGACGAACAGGCAAAACGUUCAUUUCACGCGAGCAACCCUGUGUGAGGUGGUAGCGACUCGUAUCUUGCGACGCUUUGGUGAAGACAACCCGGGCUCUGAAGGUCUGCUUCUCCUGGCAAACAUACUUGUUGCUGGUUUCGAACCCUUUCAGAACGCACCCGAGGAGACCCGACGCGAAGCUUCUCUCGGGGCUGCAUGGAGUUAUCACAGGACUCUGCCUGCCCUCGAGGUAGCUAUCUUGAGCGGCAGUAAAUACUUCCUAAGCUCCACACACUGCCAGAAAGUUAUCGACGCAAUCUAUGUCGGCCAGGUCAUAUACACCCCAUCAACUUUCCUCGAUAUGAUCCCGGAUCGCUACAAGCAGAAACCCAUCUCGCUGUAUCAACCACAGAACGAACCUUUCCUCAAUCAAUAUCGUUUGAUUGUACCACGAACUAGGACUGCACUGGAGAUCGUCCAGUUCAUUACUCUGCUGUGCUUGUAUUUGUUAUUCAUGCUGGAACGUAAUCCGGAAUAUCUGAGUAUCCUCGAGAUACUAUUUGCGGUCUAUGCCUUUGGCUGGGUCCUCGACCAGUUCGCGACCAUACUUGAGCAUGGAUGGGCGGUAUAUACGCAGAACUUAUGGUCGUUCUUGGAUGUCAUGUUCGCGAUUGUAUACUGGACCUACCUCAUUCUGCGUAUCCAUGGCUGGAGAAUCGGUCAAUUAGAGCCAGGCCAGCAAGCGUUAGACGUCCUCGCUAUGGGUGCACCAGUACUCGUUCCCCGGUUAGCGUUCAACUUGCUCUCUGACAACCUGGUUUUCCUCUCUUUGCGGUCAAUGGUGGCGGAUUUCAUACUACUGACGUUCCUGGCGGCCUGGUGCUUUUGCGGCUUCCUGCUCUCUAUGGUCUGGCUGGCAGAAGGUCGUCAUGAUCUCGUCACCAUCAGUAAAUGGAUGUUAUGGAUCUGGUUUGGCUUAGACGGCACUGGGGUCUCGAAAUCGACGGACUUCCAUUGGCUUUUGGGCCCGAUCUUGAUGAUCGCAUUCGCCUUCCUCGGCAAUACGCUGUUCUUGACCAUCCUGGUUUCGAUGCUCUCAAACACGUUUAGUACCAUUGUCUCCAACGCAACCGCCGAAAUCCAGUUCCGCAAAGCUGUCCGGACCCUCGAAGGAGUCAAAAGCGAUGCGAUCUUCGCCUACCAACCUCCUUUCAACAUAAUCGCACUAUUUGUUCUCGUCCCCAUGAAAUUCCUAGUGAGUCCGCGUUGGUUCCACAAGAUCCACGUAGCGACUGUGCGGACUAUCAACCUGCCGGUCCUACUCCUGAUCGCCAUUAUCGAGAGGCGGAUCCUAUGGUCUUCUCCAGAGUACGCAGAAGACCCAGCGGAGCAGCUGCCCAGGAAACGCCGCAGCAGGGGAUGGUUCUGGGAGAAGUGGAGGAUCACAACGCACGGAGAUAUCCACGCCGUAUUCGAGAUUGCGCCCCCGGAUUCGGUCGAGGAAGACAUCGCCGUCGACGACGAGAUGACCCACCAUAUGAUCCGGAGACAGUUCGCCCGGCAGCAGAGCUCCGCGCAUGUGGAACAGCGGCCCAAGAAGAACGACGAGCGGCCCAGGAAGAACGACGACAACGCGAGCACGGAGCCCUCCAUCAAGACUCCCAGCCGCAGAGACUCGAUAGCUCCGUUUGGUAUGCUGACGGAGCAGGUACGCAACAUUAUGAGCGAAUCAGGCGAGGUGGAGGACUUGACGGCUCGGCUGGGUACCUUGGAGCGCACAACUUCUAGAAUCGAGGAAAUGGUGACGAGGAUGUGCGGUGAUGACAAGGACGGUGAAUCACUCGGGGCUGAAGAAGAGAGAGCCAGCGAGGUUGAUGCUGUUACGGAUGAACUAGACGCUGGUGCAUCUAUGUGA